AUGUGCAUCGCUAUAAACGUUAGUUUAGCGCGGCAGACCAGCUUUGCUGGUUUUAUGGUCCUACGCUGCUUUCAAGGCUGCAGUGCCAGCGGGGUAUCCGUUGCCGCCAUAGCCACCGUCAACGAUAUCAUUCGCCCCGUUGAACGCAAGGACUACCGGAUAUUCACCUCGCUGGCCUACACACUUGCUCCUGUGACAUGCCCUAUAUUAGGCGGCUUAUUGGCCCAGAAAUUUGGUUGGCCAAGUAUCUUCUAUUUUCAAGGCGUCCUCGCUGGCUUUCUUUUGGUUCUCGUGGCCUCCUUCCACCACGAAACCUGUCGUGCCCAAGUUGGAAACGGCAGCGUACCUCCGAAGCAAUGGAACCGCCCACUAAUAGACAUUUUCUGGCAAAAGCCCGCGGCCCCUCCAAAUCUUGAAACACGUGUGCUACUGAAGCGCAGGUUGACUCCUUUCCAAACCAUCAAGCUUGCAUUUCGAAUGCCUGGUUUCUUGCUCAUUCUCUUCCAAGCAACGCUGUUCGGUGGCUCUAUUGCACUCAUCGUGACAAUCCCUGUUCUAUUCGCCAGAAAAUUUCAUUUCAACCUUCUUGAGAUUGGCGCUGCUCAUCUAGCCUACGCCUUAGGGGGCUUCACGUCGCGGUGGAUUUUUGUCCCACUGUCGGAUGCCAACAUCCAAAGGCACAAGCGGCUGGCUGAAGUGACUGAAGAGACUGGUUCGGCUCACAUGAGGACCGAUCGAGCCCGCUUGCAAGUAAUAAUCCCCAUUGUCUACCUGGGGUGUGCCUGCGCUGUGGCUUACGGUUGGAUACUGCAUUCCAAGGUGCAUGUCGCUGGCCCUAUCAUAAUGCUCUUCUUGCUGGGAAAUAGCCUGACAGGUGCCUCUUCCUUGCUGACGGGUCUGAUGUUCCAUUUGAAUCCGCAACAGCCGGCCAGCGCCUUAGCUGCCAUGAAUUCAUUUCGUUUCCUCUGUGCUGCUGGGACAGCAGCUGCGGCCACCCCACUGAUCAAGGCUGUCGGAACGGGCUGGAUGGGGACAAUAAUUGCCCUGGUAUAUUUCGGGGCAUCAAGCCUACUGUGGAUUAUGUAUAAUUACGGGCAUCGAUGGCACCCAGCAACAGCCCCGAUCAUCUCUGGAAGUAUAUAA